ACAAACUGUACGUCCAUUUGUCCGGAGCCGAGGGGAGAGUGGGCGCCAUCUUCUUCUAGGCUCGCUGAGGGCCCUGCCUGCGCUGCGGAGGCUGACGCGACGGAGUGGCCCCCGCCCCCGGCCUUGUGUGUCCGACGCGGCAGCAGCGUUAAGUUGCUUUUACAGAAUUAACAGGUCUCCAAGAAAUUAAAAAAAAAAAAGGUAAGAUAUCCAGAGCUUAAGGCUUUUCACAGAGACUUGAAAAAAAAAAUGUAAAGUAGAAUAGUGCAUCUAGGUACACAUGGAUUCUGAACUCUUAUGUCUGGUCAGUGAUUCAUUAGUGGGAGGCAGUUUAUUUUGAGCAGAAAUUAUAUACUGACCGUAGAUGGCUUUUCUGAAUUUGUAAAAUUUAUUGUGGUUGGUAAAAUUCUUUAAUACACAAAGCUUUCUUUAAGUUUCAAUAGAAGAUAUGUUUCUAAGUGAGUCUGAAAAUAGUUUGGUCUUGUUGUGAAGCAGCACUUGGCAGACUUAUAAAGAUUUGCUAUUUUCGAUGCUCAUACUGUACGGAAUAGGUGAUAUGAAAUGUUUCUUCAAAGUAGUUGGUUUAUUUGUAUAUUUAGAAUGGGAAUUUUUUUAAAAAGAAUUUUUAAGUCAGUUAUUUGUGAGCUUAUAUCUUGCUUUCAUUUAUAAAAGCUGAAGGUAGGAAUCAAGUAAUUUAAGCUAAGUUUGGGAUAAGGUACUUCAAAAAUAAGACUUGCUAUUAUGUGUACCUUUUUGUCUACAGGUCAUUAUUGCUGUGGUUUGAGCUCAGCAUGGCUGUAGUCAUCCGUUUACUGGGGCUUCCUUUUAUUGCGGGGCCUGUGGAUAUUCGCCACUUCUUCACGGGAUUGACUAUUCCUGAUGGAGGAGUGCAUAUAAUUGGAGGGGAAAGAGGGGAGGCUUUUAUUAUUUUUGCAACAGAUGAAGAUGCAAGACGUGCCAUAAGUCGUUCAGGAAGGUUUAUCAAGGAUUCAUCUAUAGAACUCUUUCUUAGUAGUAAGGCAGAAAUGCAGAAGACUAUAGAAAUGAAAAGAACUGAUCGCAUAGGAAGAAAGCGACCAGGAUCUGGGGCAUCAGGGGCUGGCAGCUUAUCUAAUUUUGUUGAGGAUAUUAAGAAAGAAACAAGUAAUUCUGGAUAUGACUCUUCAGUUAAUCAAGAUGAUGGGUUUCAUACCAAUGGUACAGGACAUGGUGAUUUAAGGCCAAGAAAGACACGGCCAUUGAAGGCUGAGAAUCCUUAUUUGUUCCUACGAGGUUUGCCUUACUUAGUAAAUGAAGAUGAUGUACGUGUCUUUUUCUCUGGUUUGUGUGUGGAUGGAGUAAUUUUCUUAAAACAUCAUGAUGGCCGAAAUAAUGGUGAUGCCAUAGUAAAAUUUGCUUCGUGUAUUGAUGCUUCAGGAGGUCUUAAAUGUCAUAGAAGUUUUAUGGGUUCAAGAUUCAUAGAAGUAAUGCAAGGCUCAGAACAACAGUGGAUUGAGUUUGGUGGUAAUGCAAUUAAGGAGGGUGACAUUCCUAUGAGAAGUGAAGACCAUUCUCCACCAAGAGGCGUUAAUGAUAGGCAUUUUGGAAAACAGUCAUGUUCAAAAUCUCCCAGAAGAACACGUUCUCGUUCUCCUUUUGGAUUUUAUGUUCACUUAAAAAAUCUGUCCCUAGGUAUUAACAAAAGAGAUUUAAAAAAUUUCUUUAGAGAUACUGAUCUGUCCAGUGAACAGAUUAAGUUUUUAUAUAAAGAUGAAAGAAGAACAAGAUAUGCCUUUGUGAUGUUCAAGACGCAAAAAGACUAUAACACAGCUCUGGGUUUACAUAAGACUGUUUUACAGUAUCGCCCAGUUCAUAUUGAUCCAGUUUCUAGAAAACAAGUGCUGAAGCUCAUUGCAUGUUAUGAAAAGAAAAGACCACCAUCAAUAGGGAAAGAGAGGCUUGGACAUGUUUCUCAAAAAUAUUCUCAAGAAGGCCACUCUGGCCAGAAGCUGUGCAUCUAUAUAAGAAAUUUCCCAUUCGAUGUUACAAAAAUUGAAGUGCAGAAGUUCUUUGCAGACUUUUCGCUUGCUGAGGAUGACAUUUACCUGCUUUAUGAUGACAAAGGAGUUGGUCUGGGUGAAGCACUGGUGAAAUUCAGGACAGAAGAACAGGCCAUGAAAGCUGAACGGUUAAACCGACGAAGAUUCUUGGGGACAGAGGUAUUACUGAGACUUAUAUCUGAGGCACAAAUGCAGGAGUUUGGUGUAAAUUUUCCAUUGAUGUCCAGUGAGAGGAUGCAGGGUCAUUCGCAGUCAUGUGAUAGAGAGGACCAUUUUCAUUCAUUUGACUCAAAUGAUCCACCAGUACACCCAGUUGGCCUUUCUGAAAACUUGAGGCAUCAGCAAGAGGACUUGAGACACCUGGAUAAUUUCAAGCACCCUCAGUCAGACAGGCGCCCUCCAGAAGACUUUAGACAUUCCCCAGAGGACUUUAGGUGCCCCUGGGAGGAGGACUUCAGGCGCCCUCGGGAGGAGGACUUCAGGCGCCCUCGAGAGGAGGACUUCAGGCACUCUUGGGAAGAGGACUUCAGGUACUCACCGGAGGAGGACUUCAGGUACUCACCGGAGGAGGACUUCAGGCACCCUCGGGAGGAGGGCUGGAGGCGACCACCUGAGGAGGAUUUCAGACGGCCUUCCAAGGAGGACUUCAGGCGACACCUGGAGGAUUGGAGGCGGCCUGCCGAGGGAGACUUUAGGCGGCUACCUGAGGAAGAUUGGAGGCGGCCUUUUGAGGAGGACUUCCGGCGUCUUCCGCAGGGGGAAUGGAGGAGACCACCUGAGGAAGACUUCAGGCGGCCCCCUGAGGAAGACUUAAGGCGUUCCCCCGGGGAGGACUUCAGGCGGCCGGCCCAGGAACACUUCAGGCGCCCACCCCCAGAACACUUCAGGAGGCCCCCGGAGCACUUCCGGCGACCUCCCCAAGAGCACUUCCGGCGGCCAUUCCCAGAGCAUUUUAGGCGACCUCCUCAGGAGCAUUUCAGGAGGCCACCACAGGAACAUUUCAGGCGACCCCGAGAGGAAGAUUUCAGGCACCCACCAGAUGAAGAUUUCAGGGGUCCUCCUGAUGAAGAUUUUAGGCACCCUCCUGAUGAGGACUUCAGGAGCCCCCAGGAGGAAGAUUUUAGAUGCCACUCUGAUGAGGACUUCAGGAGGCUCCCUGAGGAAGACCUCAGGGAAACUUCAGAGGAAGACCCUAGACUUCCUGACAGUCUUAGACCCCCUGGAGAGUUUCGGAGCCCACCUGAUGAUUUUAGAAGUCAUCGACCCGUUGUGAAUUUUGGUCACCCAGAAGGUGGCAAGUUUGAUUUUGGAAAGCGUAAUAUGGGAAGUUUUCCUGAGGGGAGAUUUAUGCCUGAUCCAAAAUUAAAUAGUUCAAGUAGAGUAACUCCUAUUAAGAUAAUGAAUCUUCCAUUUAAAGCUAAUGUUAAUGAAAUUCUAGACUUUUUCCAUGGUUAUAGAAUCAUACCUGAUUCUAUUUCAAUACAGUAUAAUGACCAAGGAUUACCUACAGGGGAAGCCAUUGUUGCUAUGAUAAACUAUAAUGAAGCUAUGGCUGCUAUUAAAGAUCUAAAUGAUAGGCCAGUUGGCCCUCGCAAAGUUAAGUUAAUUUUGCUCUAGAGAGCAUUUCUAAGUUCAAAAUUAACCUCCUCACACAGUAUUGAUGCAGUAAAAUGCAUUUGUUAUUAAAAGGUGUUUUUUUUUAAUUAAAUGAAGAAACGAUUUUAUUUUGAUCUGUGAGUAGAACAAAUGUAAAUAUUAUGUGAAUCUGUUUUCUUUUGCCUGCAAAUUGCCGUUCACCUUUUCUAAUUUAAAAUUAUAUAUAUAUUUUUCCCUGCGGGUGGGGGAGAGAAUUCCCUGAGU